CUGGAGUCAUUGUCCAGACCCAACUCAGGUUUCUACAGUACUGACUACCGUUCCAGACGAUGCAGGUGUUCGUGGUGUUCCUGGUUGCCGUGGUCACCGCUGUGGCUUCAGCCUCCUCGUUCUUGAAGGACCCCGCGCUGGAGGACCCCUGGCAGGAGUGGAAGGGGCUGCACGGGAAGCAGUAUUCAGAGGAGGAGACUGAGAGCUACAGGAGGAUGGUUUGGGAAGAAAACUGGCGUUUCAUUGAGCAGCACAACCAGGAGUACGCCGCAGGGAAACACUCCUACAAGCUGGGGAUGAACCACUUUGGAGAUCUGACUGACCAGGAGUUCAAUAAGAUGAAUGGUUUCCGCCCGGAUCCUGCCCUGAGGAAGCGCCCUGUGUUUAACUCGACUGGCAGCCCCAUGGAUCCAACAUCGAUUGACUGGCGAGACAAAGGUUACGUUACCCAUGUGAAGGACCAGGGGGAUACAUGUGAAUCCUGCUGGGCCUUUUCUGCUACGGGGGCCCUUGAGGGACAAUAUUUUAAGAAGACAGGCCAGCUGGUGUCACUGAGCGAACAGAACCUGGUGGACUGCUCCAAAAAGUAUGGGAACAAUGGCUGUAAUAAAGGAUACAUGAACGCAUCCUUUGAGUACGUCAAGGAUAACGGGAUUGCCUCUGAGGAAAGCUACCCCUACCAUGCCAAGGAUGAACCGUGCAACAACAAUGCUCUUAAAGUAGCCAGCUGUUUAGGCUAUAUUACAGUGAACAAGAAUGAACAAGCUCUACAAGAUGCUGUGGCCGGGAUUGGACCUGUCUCUGUGGCUGUCGAUGCUUCGCACCGUUCCUUCAAGUUCUACAAGUCCGGUAUCUACUAUGAGCCCAAAUGCACAAGGAAUGCUAACCACGCAGUCCUGGUUGUGGGGUAUGGCUAUUCCGAAGGGAAAAAAUUCUGGAUUUUGAAAAACAGCUACGGAAAACAAUGGGGAAAAAGUGGAUAUAUGCGGCUGGCAAAGAAUAAAGACAACCACUGUGGGAUAGCUGACCAUGGUGUAUUUCCUGUCGUCUGAUACCGGACUGUGAAGCAAACUAAAGGCAAUGUUGUUGAAGCUCAUACCCUGGGAUCCUUCAAG